CACUCUUUCCUUCUCUCAGUCAUCGUGGACAAGAUUUUUCGAUGAUGUCUUCCCCAACAUGAGGAUAGUCAUCUUGCUCCACAAACUCCGCUGCGCAAAGACGGACCCGGAGUAUGGCCAGGCGCUGGGCCAAUGCAUGGAUCACAGCCGCGUCUCGCAGGCGGCAUGGGAAGCCGUGGUAGCCAACCUGACCAAGAUGUGCCCCUGGACUCUACACACCAUCCUGGGCGGCAGCAAGGACUAUCUCCUGCGGGCAGAGGCUGACGUGGUGGAGGAGCUGCCCACUGUGUCCUGCCCCUUCCAGCUCGGCGUAAUGAUGCAUUUCUUCCGGGGUCUGUACCCGGAGAUGGGGGAGGAGAUGCGGGAGAAACUCUUCAAGUGGGCAAAGCGGAGCCUGAGGUCAUCCAGGUGCCAGGCAGGGAAGUCCCCGUCCAAUGGCGGGCUGCGCCCACCACCAUCCUCCAAUGACGGGCAGAGCCCACCACGACCGUCCAAUGACGGGCAGAGCCCACAACGCCCCGACAUGAAUGAGGGAUCUGACGGAGGCUCAGCCUGCGGCCUGUCGUGGGUGAACAAGGACACAGUCGCGUUGCUGGGAAUAUUCAUCAUGCAAGCAUCCAACCGCGAUUUCGCCCAAGUCCGUGCUGAACAGGUGUGCGAUCUCAUCGAAGAGUCGGAUUUCCUCGCGAGACUCACUGAGGCGGCUGAUGAUCUGCCUGACCGCGUGAAGCACGUGAUGGACAUGUUGCAGACGCAGUGUGGAGACAAGGCCCAGCUCAGGAACAUCUCCAGGUCGGGGCCACUGGCCUGUUACAUGAGCAACAUGGACUCCAUGGAUGCUGCCAAUAUGGAGAAACGCCUAACCAAACUGAGAGGCUGCAAGAACAAGGACGCUAUGAAGAACAUAGCGGGCCUUGUGAGGGAGUUGGCCAAGAAGAAGCCCGUGGACAGGGAGAUGCUUCGCUCGAUGGGAGCCUCAGCGUCGGCGUUGACCAGCCGACAGAUCGCCAACAUCAGCGACGGGGUGAUCUUGGACACCAUCGUGGAGCUGGGCGAAGGGAGAGAGUGGAGCCGAGGCCAGUCCCGCGAUCUGGUCCGCAAGUAUCUACGGGGUGGCGGGAAGGUGAAGAGUGGCUCGGACCUGGUGCAGAUGGGCAGUCUGGUACGGGGCCUGAGGAGUGGAACACUCCGCAACGUCAGCGGCCCAGAGUUACUGCGGGCGGCACGGGGCGGCCUGGAGGACGAGGCCCAGGACAUGUCCCCCUUCCAGAGGGGAACCAUCGUGGGAACGAUCCUGGCGGGCGUGAACACCACAGACGCCAUCGAGUCUCUGUCGGGCUCCCUGUUGCUGGUGGUUCCACUGUCGGCGCUCGUGGCUGCGGAUGUCGGCAGCUUGACCAACAUCACCCGCAAACAAUGGAACGUUGCCCAGGCUCUGUAUCUCUGUACGAUCGUCUUCAACAACGGAUCCAUGACCCACGUUGAGUUCAGUGAACUGGGAGCCCUGACUCAGGGAGUGACCUGCAAGGAGUUGUCCAACUAUGCUGAUCAGUUUGGUACCCAGCUGGGACUGGCUCUGGGCAACGCAACCUGGCUCUCCAGAAACCAGUUGACCUGUGCAGGACAGAAGAUGAGAGAUAUUGUGAUGAACCUGCCCGCUGGUACGACAGCUGAGGAGAUACGGAACUUGGCCGAGAGUUUGCCCAGCUGCCUCCUGCUAUACAUUGGGGAGGAGGCCAUCGCCCGUCUCUACGGCAACGACUGUCCCGGCUUCCUGUCCAAGAUGUCGGAUGUGAAGAUGGAAUGUCUUCCACGGAGUUCCCCGGUCCGCGGCCAGUUGCUGGAGAGAGCCGUCGGCUGCCUGGGCGAUGCGAUGUCUACACUGGACGGUGCGGGCGUGCGAUCGAUGGGGGCGCUGGUGUGUGAGUUCACGGGGACAAACGUCACACAGCUGACCGAUGCCGCAUUCAACGCCUCUAUCCCUCUCCUGGCAAAGUGCCGGCAGUUCGAGGCCAGUGCCCGCUCCGUGCUAGCGACCCGACUGGUCCAGACCCUGGGACCAGCGUCACAGUGGUCAGUGGACACGGUCCGGUCACUUGGAUCCCUGCUCACCCUGAGAUAG